AUGCGUGCCUCCAUGACUCUCUUCAACGCCGCCCGGACUCCUCUCAUCCGCUUCGUGGGCAAGCGAUCCGUCCCCAAGUCCGUCGACCACACCCCUCGUGUGCACCCGGCUUCCCCUACCGGAGCUCUGCCGGACUCUUUCGCUACAUACCGCGCUAAGGCUCAGCAGCACGGCCCCCUCGGCCGCGCUCAGUUUAGCGGUCGCGUAGGCGCUCAGCCCGGUGCCGCCCUGGGCCCGGUCGCGCCCAAGGCGGGUGAGUUUUUCGAUCGUGCGGAGCUGCCCGCUCGCUUCGGCCGCCUGCCGUGGACCGCUGCCGAGAUCGAGGCGAUCGAGACCGGCGGUGCGAGCAUGUACGCUUAA